AUGAUUAAACAACAGCAACUACAACAACUUAAGGCGCAGACCAUUACAUACGCCAUAUAUGCAUAUAAUUCAAAGACGGCAGAACAAACGCAAAGGUUGAAAUAUGGAGAUUUGGAGAUAGUAUUGAAAAAUGACCAUUUCGAAUUCGUUUGCAAAGGUGGUGCAGUGAUAUCAAAUAUAAAAGAAAUUUUAUUUAUGAAUUCUAAAAUUAAAGGUAUAACGGAUGAUAUAACAUCAAUUCCACCAGAAGAACAGAGAUAUUACGCAUUAAAUGCAUUUCCUAAAGUUUUGAAGAUUGGAAGAUUUAAUUUAAAUGAGGAAUUCAUAGAAGGUUUCCUAAAUGACAUAAUGAAGAAAGCAAAUUUGGUUUAUGUUGAUGAAAAAGAUAAUGAAAUUAAAGAAAGGGUUGAUAGUGAAUUAAUGAAGAAAGCAAAUUUGGUUUAUGUUGAUGAAAAAGAUAAUGAAAUUAAAGAAAUGGUUGAUAGUGAAUUAAUGAAGAAAGCAAAUUUGGUUUAUGUUGAUGAAAAAGAUAAUGAAAUUAAAGAAAUGGUUGAAUGGUAUCAUGAAUGGACAUCAAAGAUUUUAAAAACAAAAGCCGAUACAGGAUGGGUUUCAGGAUGUUUAGACCUUAAAGCGGAUAAAACAUAUGUUAACGAUGAGUUAAUGAAAAAGGCAGAUAAGGAAUAUGUUAACGAUGAGUUAAAUAAGAAAGCGGAUAAAACAUAUGUUAACGAUGAGUUAAUGAAAAAGGCAGAUAAGGAAUAUGUUAACGAUGAGUUAAAUAAGAAAGCAGAUAAGGAAUAUGUUAACGAAAUAUACCAAAGUUUGAUAGGAACAAAAAAUAUUGAAACUAUUGUUGGUGACUUUUCUGUCAAUGAAGAAAAUAAAUAUUUUAGAUGGGAGUUUGUACACUCCUUAAAAAAUGGUAUACGGUAUAAACUCAUUCCGAAAAAUAACAAUGAAAUGUAUGUAAGCUAUAAAAAGAACGAUGGUACACAAGUUAAAGUUCCAUUAGACAACAACUGCUACUUAAACUUAUAUGGAGACGAACAAAAGAAAUAUUUAAGAGUUUAUGAAAUGACAGAUAUGACAUUGCCUAACCCAGCUCCAGCACCAUAUUAUUAUGACUAUGGUGUUGACGCACGUGUAGACCCAAAAAAGCAAACAUUAUAUUUAGAAUAUUAUAGAUAUAAAAGAUAUAAUGCAAUAGAAAAAACGAGAAUAGUAUACUAUUAUGAAGAUGACAGAAACAAAUAUUAUAGUCAAGAUUUUACCUACCCUGAAAACAUAAGAUUAUAUUAUAAAAAAUAUUCUGACACAAACCAGAAGAAACCUGAAAUAGUUACACUAUAUCUUAAGUUCAAAAGAGACAAUCCUAUAAUAUCUCAUAUGUUUGAUUUAAUGAACCCAGUAGGUUCUAUUUAUACAUCUAUGGAUGCAAGAGGUCCUCAAGUAAUGUUUGGUGUUGGUGCAUGGGAACAAAUAGUUGACAGGUUUUUGUAUUGUGCAAACUCUUCAAAGGAAACAGGGGGAAGUAAAACGAUUUCAGGUGAAAAUUUACCUGCACACAGUCACUACAUAGAUUUAAGUACAUCUCAAGCAGGUUGGCAUAAGCAUAGAUAUUGGGAUUGGUCAGGAAUGACAAAAGGUAAAGGAUAUGAUGUUAAAGACAACGUUAAGUUUGCUAUAAAUUGUUACUGGGAUGACACUCAGGGAGAAGGAAACCAUACACAUCGCGUUUCAGGAUAUACACAAACAACGGGACAAAGUAAAGAUUACAUGCCACCAUUUAUGACUGUAUUCGCAUGGUAUAGAGUUCAAUGA